AUGCUUACGAAGUACAAGAUAGUCUUUCUUGGCGACCAGGGUGUCGGUAAAACUUCGCUGAUCACCCGGUUUAUGUAUGAUACAUUCGAUGCACACUAUGCCGCUACAAUCGGGAUCGAUUUCCUGUCCAAAACCAUGUAUUUGGACGAUAAAACUGUCAGACUACAAUUAUGGGAUACCGCGGGCCAGGAAAGGUUCCGGUCGCUCAUUCCCUCCUACAUAAGAGACUCCAACGUCGCCAUUGUGGUGUACGAUACAACGAACAAGGAGUCGUUCCAAUCGGUGGCCAAAUGGUGCGAAGAUGUCAAGGCUGAGCGUGGUGCCAAUGUAAUAAUAUGCUUGGUGGGAAACAAGUCCGAUCUUGUGGAUAAGAGGCUGAUCUCCACGGCUGAUGGAGAGAACACUGCCAAGAAGGUUGGUGCCAAGGUCUUUAUUGAAACGAGUACAAAGAAUGGAUAUAACGUGAAAAAUUUGUUCAAGAAGAUCGCCAAGUUGCUACCGGAUUUGAACCAGGAUGACGGUGAGGAUGCGAAUGACGGUGCUAUUGAAACCAUCGAUAUCAGGACGGAGCCCACCGAAAAUGCUGAGGGAGGAUGUCAAUGCUGA